UUAAACCGGUGUGACAACUCACUCACUCGUAGACAUAAAGGGUGUAAAAUACAUCCAAGGCAUGCUCACCUGUUGCAGUUGCAUUUUACAAUGGGGGAUUUGAAGGACAGUAAUAGUAUAGACGACAGAGUUCUAUCGGCCGUUCACCUUAGACAGGGGGACAUUAAAGUUGUAUUUCACAAAGUUGGCGAUGACGACGACGAUGAACACACUACUGAGAGGAUUAAUUUACAAAGUAACAGUCAUGAUGAGCGGGGUAAUGAAGAGGCAAGGACUAGAACAGUGGAAAGCAGUGCGAAGCAAAGAUUAUGUCCUCCCUUGUGUUGUAGAAUUGGCGGCCGCGGGGAUCCCAUCUCAACGGACGCAGGAGACACAGUUGCCACAGAGAAUAAACAUUGUCCAGGACUGGGCCUGUUUUAUGGCCUGCUGGCAACAGUAUUCUUCUCCAUUAUAGCUCUUCUGGUGAAGACAAUAGAUGGAGUCCAUGCUGUAGAAAUCAGUGCCAUUCGCUGCUUCUUCCAGAUGCUGUUUGUGAUGCCUAUGCUUAUCUAUUACAAGACUGGCUUCCUUGGACCAAGAGACAAGCGUAUCUAUUUGGUGAUGAGAGGGUUAUUGGGUUCCAACGCCAUGAUCCUAUUGUUCUAUGCAGUACAGCAGAUGCCCCUGGCUGAUGCAACAGUCAUCAUGUUCAGCAACCCAGUGUUCACCGCCUUGUUAGCCUGGAUCUUCCUCAAAGAGAAAUGCACAAUCUGGGACUGUGUCUUCACUGUCUUCACUCUGGCCGGUGUCAUAAUGAUAGCCAGGCCUCCCUUCAUAUUCGGUGCUCGUAUAGAGGGAAUAGAGGGAGACUACACCAAUCAUCUCAAGGGGACUAUUGCAGCCUUCGGUGGAGCGUUAGGAGCAGCCUGCACUUUAGUUAUACUCAGGAAAAUGGGCAAAAGCGUCCACUACUAUCUGUCUGUGUGGUACUAUGCGGUCAUUGGUUUCAUUGAGUGUGUCAUCACUUUGUUUAUACUUGGUGAAUGGACCAUUCCAUUCUGUGGGAGAGACAGGUGGAUCCUUAUGCUGAUUGCAAUCCUGGGUAUUGCUGGCCAAACGUUUCUCACCAAAGCACUUCAGAUUGAGAAGGCCGGCCCUGUGGCCUUGAUGAGGACCGUUGACGUGAUCCUGGCCUUUAUUUUCCAGUUCUUUUUUUUCAACCGUAAGCCCACCAUGUGGAGUCUCGGUGGGGCAUGUUGUGUGGUCGUCAGUACCUGUGGUGUGGCUCUAAGGAAGUGGUACAGCAACACACACCCAAGAAAGAGCCGUGAACCACACAUCAGACAAAUAUUUUAUUCCAGGAAUAAAUUAAAGGUUAUCAAUUAAUAUGAUGUUAAUGUUCAGCAGUCAAGAGUGUUAUGUAAACCAAAGAAGCAAUAUUACAUCCAAAUGUUACUGUGAGGUUUUGAGCACAAAACUGGACAUUUUUUAGUAUUUACAUCAACACACUUAGAAAAGAGGGUUCUUUGGUAAGGGUGAUGGUUCUAUGUGGAACCAUUUGAGCUCUUUAAUGGUUCUUUGCAGUUCAGAAAACGGUGCUUUAAUCUUUUAGUGAUAAUUCAAAUGUAGGGGAGGUGGCUCAUUUUAAUAUUUUGGGGCGUGGUUUUCUCACAGCUCUUUUUGUGCAGCCGAGAGUGAGUGUCAUUCCAGUUGAUAUAAUCUGUUGUGUUAUGUCAUUGCAUGUUAAAUAUGACUGGUCAGUAAUAGUGUCUUGUGAGAGACUUAUGUAAGGCCUCGUGUCAACGGUUGACUAAAUCUCAAUUCUCUCCUCAGGGACCCCCAGCCGGUCCAGAGCUAGCACACUUGAUUCAACUUGUAAAUUAACACAAUAAUAACACCCAUGUAAUUUUAAAGAUAAUAUAAUAUAGCUAACCCUCUUUAUAGCACCAUAAAGGUUCCAUUUAGAACCUUAUGAACAUGGUUCUUUAUAGAACCUUCAAAAAGUGUUCCGCUAUGGUUACAAGCCAAAUUGCCCUUAUUUGGCAGUGGCACUACAUACAGUGCCUUCAGAAAGUAUUCAUACCCCCUGACUUAUUCCACAUUUUGUUACAGCCUGAAUUCAAACUCGAUACCCCAUAA